UCAGGUUCAAUUGGUGUCAGUUCGGCCAUUUCACACAAAUUCACCUUGAGUACUAACCAACUCUUGAUUGUCUAUUUUUGUCAGUUUUCACCUCAGUGUUGACUGCUGCUUUGAGCAAACAUUCACUUUUAUCCUAUUGUUAACCAACUUCUUCAAAGGACUGCAUAGUUUGCAGAUUACUAUGUCAAGAUAAUGGAUUUCAGUGCAUCAUUCAAGCUGGAGAGAGUCCACAGCUCCUCUCUCAAAGAUAAUAUUUCCCAGCUCCCUCUCCCUGCUACAGCCACUGUCAGCAGUGACCUGGUAGAGGAUCUGGCCGUCCAACUGAUGCUGAGGCUCAACCCACUGAGGAGUUCCAUUGGAGCACACCUGGACCAGCAACAACUGCUGAGACUCUGUCUGCGCAUCAGUGCAAUAACUUUAGAGACCAUGAGGAAAGUCCCAGGAGUCUCUGUUGAUGAAAACCUCCCCGCUCCUCCCUGCAACACCUGGAAAGCUGCCGUGCUGCUCCAGAGCAGCCUCAUGAAAAGAUUUGGCACAUCAAUUCAGGUGCGGAAGCAGCUAUUAAGAAAAGACCCAGCACUCCUGGGCAUCGUCCCUCAUUAUAUCAUCAAGGCAGUCCUCGCAACACACAAGGCCCAGUCUGCAGAUGAGUCCACUCCCACCCAGACACCUAGUGAUGAGGAGAGCCUGCUGUUCUCUCAGUUUCUCCCUGAGUCUGCCAAGGAGGAAAUGUUUGAGCAGCAUGGAUCCUGGAUAAGACACACUAAGGUGUUCCAGAAGGCUUUCCCUAGGAUAACAGACGAGGAGAUCCUUGAGUACCAGCAACGCAUCAGCAAACCUCGUCUAUCCAACCGGGAUGUUGUGUGGGUGGACAAAAAGUAUUUUGUUGCUGAUUUCUAUGAUGAGGUGGAAAGUGCCGCUGAUAACAGCCACCUGCUGGAGAACCCUCUUACUUUUAACAGUCGAGAUCAUGGGAUUGUCUCCAUCACUGAAGCAAAACAUUGUAGAUCUGUGAUUCAAAGCCUCAAACUACCUCAGCGUUGUCCUCUCCAGUGUAUGACUGGGAACUGUGAUAUUGUGAAAGCAGACAUGAUCCCAGACAGAGCUUUGGUGAAGGAAUCCACCAUCAGAUGUGUCCUGGUGGAACUUUUUAAAGGUCGGGACAGGAACUUCUACAAACCACAGCACCAGAAGAACCUGGCCUUUGAAAAGGAGAUGGUGGCGCAGAUCCACUUGUUGCUGGAAAAGGAGGCAAAGAAAUAUGAGAAAAAGAGAAUCUUCCUCAAAAACCUUGAACGCCUCGGAGACCCAAAGCAAGAAAUUAAACUGAGCCGGGAACUGUGCCAGCCACUCAAAGUCGCACUGUGUGAGGCUCUGCCUAACACCUGGAUGAGUAGAGAGGGCCUGAUGAAGGAUGAUAAGAUUGCCUUGUUUGCUUGCACCCUCAUAGCCACAGAGAUCCUUAACCGCCUCAAGCCGACUGUGAGCUUUGCAGCUGACACCAAACAGGGAGAUGAGACUCCGUAUGACCUCAACAUCCCCAUCAAAAGAGAGGAAACAGUGCCAAAAAGAGAACUGACCCAGCUGAAGCUGCGUCUGCCGGGAGAGCGAGCACAAGCCAGGGAGGAGAUCUUGUCUGUAGAGAUGUUCCUGAGCCAACUACAGCAGCAGAGCCUGAGGAGAAAACCAAGAGGAAGAAAAAAAAGUUCUUCUCUUGGCUUAGACAUAGACGCUCAAACACAGAGACAUUAACCCCAAGCAUCAAGAGCUUUCCACACAUGUUGUUGUGCUUCAUUAAUGCAUUUAAUAAAUAUGUUUGUAGAGGAA